CGAACCGACCCAUUUCUGUGUGGGUGUUGGUCGGUGCUGGACUGGCUGGCGGCGGUGACGACGGCAGCACAAUCCUCAGCCAGCCACACAUUUUACCAAUUUUAAACGCCACAUUUGUUGUGGCCAAUCAGUUGUCCAGGCCGGAUCGGUUCGUGAUAAAUUCCGCAAACAUGGUGGUCGCGCUUGGCUCCGCUCGCGCUAGUGAUAUCAGUUUGCCACUCUGAACAGAUGUUAAUCGAUUGGUGAUUUGACACGGUAGAUCCUGCUGGAUUAACAAAUGUGACGAAAUUAUGGUUGUGCGUAUCGGAACCGGUUUGCGUCGUGGUCGAAACAGGCCUUAAAGAAGGGUUUUUGCUCAGCUAAAUCAGAAAAGUGUGUGAAGUUUAGAUGCAUCUGUGGCAGUUCUCAAAAUCAUUAAAUUUUCAUCGCAUUGAUUAAACUGAUUCAAAGGUGUUUCCCGGUGCCUUAUGAUUCUUUAUCCACACAAAGAGUGUCCUAGAGUGGAAAAUGCCAUUGAAAAGUAGUUUAAAAAUCGAUCGCAUCCCAAGGACACCAAGUGCAGUGCGAUUCCGAACGGCGACAACGGGGGUGGUUGGAAGCGGAUUUUCCGGAGCGAAGAAAAUUGUUCCGGGUGUUGGUUUAUUGCAUGACCGAAGAAGAAGGGCUAACACGUGCACCAGUAAGCCAGCUCACCACUAUCAUCGCCGGCGGCACCAGCUGGUGCAGCAAUAGCAGCGCUUAUUGCGAAUCACAUUCCUGCCUAAGAAGAGUCACCAUGCUGCGUUUCAGCCACGACAUUGACCUACUAAGCCCAAGCUGCCGAAACUCGUCGGUUUGUUGAACAGGUUGUUCCAGAAGUUCUCACCAGAUCAACCAAAUGACGGACGAGGUAAAACUCAAACCAUUAAUCAACGCCCUCGUCGCUAACACUAGUUACCGGGUGUCACUCCAAAGCUAUUCGCUGCUGUUUCCGUCGUUACUUCCGCUCGUAAGGAUUUAACUGGGGGACACAUCGCGCUUUUAAGUUAGGCCUUACUUUCGCUUGAUACAGUAUUUUUGUGUGGAAGAAGUAUAGCAGUUACUCUAUUGUUUGCCGAAAACAUGGACGAGAAAGGAAUCAAGUUCCUACCGACGACAACUAAACCACGACCCAGAAUGCCGAAAGUCGGAUGGAGGCGAUCCGUGUCAGAUCGCAUCCCGGCCCGGUUGGUGCUGUACUUCCUGUCGUGGUCCGGAUUCCUGGUGUCGUUCAUGAUGCGCAACGACAUCAACUUCGCCCUGGUGGCCAUGGUGCGCGACAGUUCGUCCAACUCGUCCGUCAACGGCCACUGCGCACCGUCCAGUAUGGCGGCCCUGGCGGGAUCAUCACCAUCUGCGGUGACCAACGGCAACUUUUCAGAAUCGCUGCUACUGGGAAAUUUUACCGCCAGCGGCGACGACGAUGUAGGGGCUGGUAUUGAUCUUCUGAUGGGAGCGGACGUGGUGGCGGAACGACGCGAUGAGAAUCUGUACGGGAAUUUUGACUGGGACUCGACGGUUCAGGCCGUCAUCAAGGGUUCGUUCUACUGGUGCUACGUACUGUCGCAGGUGGCCGGCGGAGUGGCCACUCAGUACUUCGGGACGAAGAGCGUGUUUGGCUGGAGUCAGUUCUUCACGGCUGCUUGCAGUUUAUGCAUUCCGUACGCUUCGGACAUUCAUUAUGGAGUGGUUAUUUUACUGCGGUCGAUCCAAGGAUUCGCCAGCGGGUUGACGUGGCCUGCUAUGUAUGCCAUCGUUGGAUACUGGAUACCACCGGUCGAACGGAGUCGGUUCAUGUCCAGUUUCCAAGGGUUUAGUAUUGGAAUAGGAUUAACUUACCCGUUGUGUGGGUUCAUCAUUGCCCACUUUGGUUGGAGAUUGGUGUUCUACACGACCGGUACUAUUGGAAUGAUUUGGUGCCUGUUUUGGUACCUGCUGGCAUUCAAUACCCCUCAAGAGCAUCCUCGGAUAACGCCGGAAGAGCUGGAGUACAUCGAACUGAAUGUGAGCGAAGACAUCAAAAACGGUCAGGGCAUGAAGGUGCCCUGGAAGAAGAUAUUUACAUCGAUGCCGGUGUACGCCAUCGGUUUGACCACUUUCGGGCGUAUUUGGGUUCACUAUACGUUCAUCAUGUCCGGACCGGAGUACAUGCAGAAGAUCCUAUGUUUCGACAUUCAGCAGAAUGGACUGCUCAGCGGAACACCAUUCCUGUGUUCGUACUUGUCCUCGGUUCUGUUCUGCUACAUUGCUGACAUUCUGGUGCACAAGCAGCUGAUGACACUGACCAACGUGCGGAAACUGUUCACAGCCUUGUCGCAAAUCGUGCCCGGCGUUCUGGUGCUCCUGGUUGGAUACCUUGGGUACAACAUUGUGACGGUGCUGGUGCUGUGGUUUGUUGCCGUCACGUUCAUUACGGCGUCCUAUGCCGGAGCCAUGGCCAACAUCGUGGAUAUUGCGCCCAACCUGGCUGGACCGGUGCUGGCGUUUGCGCAGACCAUUCACAUGACGGCGUCGUUCCUACAACCUCUGGUGACCGGAGUCAUGGUGACCGAUGCGCAAAACCUGAACCAAUGGUUGCACGUGUUCGGCGUCAGUUCGGUGGUAGCCAUCAGCUGCUACCUGGUGUUCCAGUUUUUCGGCACGGCAGAAAUUCAACCCUGGAACUACCCGGUGCCGGAUCCGGAGGUCUGCUCGACGGACGAUUCUGCCGUGAUAGCGAACCAGCCGAUGCUCAAGGUGUCGUCGGUGAGCGGCGCCGGGUUCAAGUACAACCGCAGCGGAGGUGUUGACGAUGACGACGAGAACGAUAGCAGUGAUAAUUGAGGUUAAGCUAGUAUUAGGGCUAAGGUUUAGCAGUUUUGUCGGAUAUAAAGAGAUUGCAGAACGUGAUACAGAGAAUUGGGAUGCAGAGUGGAAAGCGACUCGAUUAACACGGGAGUGUUGUGAGAAUUCGGGAUACGUGAGAUAUGCGUAACGGUUGAGUUCCAUUGCUACGAAGGAAUUUUCAUUAGUUUUCUCUUUUGGAACAUGUGGGGUUCAUGCGAGUUUUUUUUAUUUAUUGCUGGCACUACGCCACCAAAUCGGCCGCGAUGCCUUUUAAACCAUGUCUGAGACUAGGGGCAAGACACUGUGUAAUCCGGAGCAACACUGAGUAAUUCUGAGUGACACUUUUUGUUCGAAUCCAUUCAGAAACGUCGCUACGAAGCGGGAAAUCGGACAAGACUGCUCGAUUUUUCCUUGGUAUCAGGCAACACCAGAGAAUACCAGAGUGAUCCAGAGCUACCCAGAGGAAUUCUGAGCAACACUUCGAUAACAGAGUUACUCUUGCUGUAUCUGUCUUGCCUCUAGGUCUGAGAUAGUGCUUCGACCAUUAAAUUGCGAAAAAUUUAAAGACAUUUUCUAUGUUUUCUUUGUAUUUUUAAUAAUUAUUUAAUUUAAUAUAAAAAGUUGUUUAUUUUUAUAAUAAAUAUUCUAACAUUUUAUUGAUAUACAGGCCCGGAUUAAUGAUUAUAGGCCCCGAGCGAAAAUGAAGAAUUUAAGUAGGGUAAUUUUCCAAUUGUUGCACGGGGUUUAUCUAGCAAAAAUAUUUAAAAAAUCUUAAAAGUUAUUUUUGCUACUUGUUAAUUAUUGAAAAUUGGGAUUCCCAACUCAUGUCCAAGAGCCUCACCUUCAUUUAAAUCACGCUGUAGCUCAUGUCUAUUUGGUCUCGGAGAGCAUUAAUGGCAAUGGUUGAUUGAUUGAUUUGUCUUUAUUUAAGAGACUUUUAGCCCGUGGCAAUGACAAUGGAACUUAACCACAAUGCACAAACAAUCGACAGUUUUAGGGAUAAGGCAACCAGACUAAACGAAAUGGACGCAGUGCACUUCUCAAAGAAACAGUAGUUUAGGCAAUAAUGUUAUGAACUUUGGUACGGCCGCUACCGGUGCACCGAUCACCUCUAUUUAUAGGUGUAGUUGUUUCUUGAACCAGAAUUCCAGCAAUUACCAACUAAGUUUAACCCCCAGAUGCAAACCAUAUAUCCGUACCGUAGAACGCGUUAACGAUUGCAUGCACAGUUACUUAAGGAAUCAUGGACAGUGGAGUUGUGCUGGUUUUAAGAUAUAGGGGUUUUGUCCUUUUUGCGUUCGAAAAUUUUGGCCACAACGAUUUCUUGUUUCAAAAUCGAAGGCCUCAAUCGUGCGAAAGUGGGCAAAACACCUCUAGUCUAGAGUGUUCUAAGAAUCCAACUACAAUGAGAGAGAAGUUCCGUGUUCAUAAAAAUGUGUAUUUCCAGAAGUGAUUGCAAACAAACGUUUAUUAGAGGAAACAAAAAGUUCUACAAACAAUAGAUUAGAUAAAGAGAGAGACAAUGUAGCACUCACACAUACACCUACAUAUAACUAUGCAAAUACAGAACAGUCUUAAAACAGUUAUUAUAACACCUAUUGAAGAAAACUUGUUGUUUAGGUUUCUAGUUUUAACGGAUCUCACUCUUAUAUAGAUACUUGCAGAGAUAUAAUUAAUAAAGCAAAUAAAAAAGAAAACCAUGUUUUGUAACAAAAACACCUUUGGCGCCUGUAACCACAGUGUGUAACACAUAA